GAAAUGUUGGAGUAUGUAUUUCACACUGGCUUUAUGUUUUUGCUCACCAGUAUCUCGGCUGUAUAGAAGUCCUGCGGUCGAUGAGAUCCCUGGAUUUCACCACGAGAUCACAAAUAACAAGGGAAGCCAUCAGUCUGGUGUGUGAGGCUGUUCCAGGGACCAAAGGAGCCCUGCGGAAGAGAAAGCCUCCAUCCAAAGCUCUGUCAAAUAUUCUGGGGAAGAGUAACCUGCAGUUUGCUGGCAUGUCCAUAAACCUAAAUAUCUCCACCAGUAGCCUCAACCUGAUGACCCCUGAUGGCAAACAGAUCAUAGCCAACCAUCACAUGCAGUCCAUCUCCUUUGCAUCAGGUGGAGACCCUGAAACCACAGAUUUUGUUGCUUAUGUAGCAAAGGACCCUGUUAACAGAAGAGCGUGCCACAUCCUGGAGUGCUCCGACAGUCUGGCCCAGGAUGUUAUCAGCACUAUCGGCCAGGCCUUUGACCUUCGCUUCCAGCAGUACCUGCAGUGUCCCUCAAGCAAACUGUCCUCCACACAUGACAGGGUAUUAAACAUGGAGGAGUUACAUUGGACAGAGGAAGAGGAGGAAGCGUCUGAUCAUCCUUAUUAUAACAACAUCCCUGGGAAGAUGCCACCACCCGGAGGCUUCAUCGACGCACGGCUGACCAAUCAGAAUGCAGCACCAGAUGGAUGCCAGAUGGGCCCAGGUUCAGUAGAUCAGACAUAUUACCAGGGUCGGCACUGUGGAGAAAACUGGGGAGAUGAAAGAAAGCCCAUAUUCAUACAGCAGGGUUCAUUCGAUAUAAGCAGUCUACCUGACAGUAAGGGUCAGACACCAAAAACAGGAGAGAUGCCCACAUAUGUGAACACUCAGCAGAUUGAUGCCCAGGUGCUCGCAGCACUCCAGGCAGAGGCUGAAAAUGUGACAAAGGGCAUGGCAGCUGCAGCCAAAGAGAGCCCGCAGAAGGACCUGUUUGACAUGAAGCCCUUCGAGGAUGCCAUUCAGUCACAGUCCCACCCGCCGUCCCAGGGACAAGUCCAGUCGCAAGUUUCAAGUCUUCACAAAGCAGCGUCUGUGGACAACUCCAGCCCUCUUCUGGUGCGCUCCCUGGCCUUCCGGGCACAGGAGGAGCUGGAGGGACAGGCGUGGUACCACGGCAAAAUGAGCCGCCGGGACGCUGAAAAACUUCUGAAAGAGGACGGGGACUUCCUGGUUCGUAAGAGCACCACCAACCCAGGGUCUUAUGUUCUGACUGGCAUGCACAAUGGACUCGCAAAACACCUGCUGCUGGUGGACCCAGAGGGCACGGUACGGACAAAAGAUCAUAUAUUUGAUAGCAUUAGCCAUCUCAUUGGCCAUCACCGUGACAACAAUCUGCCCAUUGUGUCCGCUGGGAGUGAACUGUGUCUUCUACAACCCGUCGGAAGAAAACAGUGAUGCUUGUAAUGCCUGAUGGGAAACAGGAAGCUUUGGACAGUCAUUCCUACCAUCCUGAAACUUGAAGAUGAAAAAUGAAGAUAAGAUGCUAAAAGGCUCAAUGCACUGACGGUGAUUUUUGGAGAAAAAAAAAAUUAGCCUGUGGUUACUUUACUGGAGGGACUGGAAGAUGCAAGAUUUGUUUAAGAAAAAAAUAUUUAUAGAACUGUUAUUAUUUUGUUGUGAUGACUGAAAUGCUAUAUUUUUGAGAAGACAUAGGUGUAUUUGGACAUAAUAUCUUGAUUUGGUGUUUUAAAAGAUUUAAAAAACGACAAUUGUUCUUGUAGUUUAGAUGAAAGUGCAAAUCACACCUCAAAGAGGUGUUAACAAGAGUAUUUUAGAAUAAAAACCGGAAAUUUUAGUUUUGUCUGUCAAGCACAACCACAUUUCUACAGAAAGCGAUGGUUAAGAAGUCGAGGAAACAAACACACAUGCUGUUUGUAAUGAAUGACUUCAUGAAGAAGGAUCUCACCACUAGGGGGACAGCUCACUCAAUUAGUCUCUAUAUGAAAUCUGCUUUUAUCUGGGAUUAGAUCUGAAUGUGUUUUGCUUUGCAGUAGUCACAAAGUGUCAGGGUGCAAACAGACAUCCUCCAUAGUGCUGUCAAUGGCUUUAAAG